CCUAAUAUCCAUUCUAGGGUUUUCCAAAAUUCUGCACACCCAAAUCGCCGCUGCCAUCUCAAUUCUCUCUAAGCAAUUCCGAACAUGGCGACUCAAAUGAGCAAAAAGCGAAAGUUUGUGGCUGACGGAGUGUUCUUCGCUGAGUUGAACGAGGUGUUGACUCGUGAGCUUGCGGAGGAUGGAUACUCUGGUGUGGAGGUCCGAGUUACUCCCAUGAGGACUGAAAUCAUCAUCCGUGCAACUCGCACUCAGAACGUUCUCGGGGAGAAGGGAAGGAGGAUUAGAGAGCUGACUUCUGUGGUUCAGAAGAGGUUCAGGUUUCCCGAAGGCAGUGUUGAGUUGUAUGCUGAGAAAGUUAACAACAGGGGUCUUUGCGCCAUUGCCCAGGCCGAGUCUCUUCGCUACAAACUCCUCGGUGGCCUUGCUGUCAGGAGGGCGUGCUAUGGUGUUUUGAGGUUUGUUAUGGAGAGUGGAGCCAAGGGAUGUGAGGUGAUUGUGAGUGGCAAGUUGAGAGCUCAGCGUGCCAAAUCCAUGAAGUUCAAGGAUGGGUACAUGAUUUCGUCUGGUCAGCCCGUCAAGGAAUACAUCGACGCUGCUGUUAGACACGUUCUUCUCAGACAGGGAGUGCUUGGUAUCAAGGUCAAGAUCAUGCUUGACUGGGACCCGAAAGGAAAACAGGGACCGACAACUCCUCUUCCCGAUUUGGUCACGAUUCAUCCUCCAAAGGAAGAAGAGGUUUACAUCAGGCCAUCAACUGCUGUACCAACUGAGGUCGAGGUCGAAGCGUAAUAGAUCCAUGUUCAGCUCAACUUCUCGUUAGAUUAUUAUGUUUUUUUUACGGAUGAAACCAAUUUUCGAUUUUGUUUGGUAUGAUUAUCAAAGAUUAUUAUUCAGUGUUAUCGUUUUCUCGUUUUUAUGUUCUUUUGUAAACUAUUGAGAUUGAUAUUUUAUUUUCAUAUUUUUGUGGGGAAAGUUAACUUUUGGGGCAAAGACAUGAAGGAAUGAUGGAUGGGUUUUUUGUAGGGAACAUGAAACCUAGUGGUGAUGAAUGGGUCAUACUAUAAAUGUAACAAAAGUUAUGUCC